CCUUCCUUCCUUCCUUCCUUCCUUCUUCCCUUCCUGCCUUCUCCCCCUUCAUGGCUCUUUCCCCAGCCAGAGCCCCGCUCCGAAGGCGGAGGGCGGAGGAGGAAGCGCUGCGCGGCUGAGCCAAAGGAGAGAGCGAGAGGGAGACGCUCCAGAGGCGGAGGAGAGCACCGGGGAGCCCGCCUCACCUGCUCCAGAAAAUGGAGAGAGUGGGACCCUGUCUGAUUUCCCUGGAGAGGGAGUUCCAGAGCCAAGGAGCCACCAUAGAAGACCCUUUCCCUCGUCCCCAACAACCGAGCUUGUGAGGGUGAUGGAAGCAAGAGAAGAGCCUCCCCAGAUGAUUGUAAAGUUGAAGUGAGAAAUUAUGAUUGCAACUGGGGGAGUCAUAACAGGACUGGCUGCAUUGAAGCGGCAAGACUCUGCCAGAUCCCAGCAGCAUCUAAAUCUUGCAACAUCACCAGCUAAUGAAGAGCAGAAGCCAGUCAAGCGCCGACCUCGGGCAGAUGUUGUUGUGGUCCGAGGCAAAAUUCGACUUUAUUCCCCAUCAGGAUUCUUCCUUGUUCUGGGAGUGCUCGUUUCUUUCUUGGGUAUUGGUAUGGCCAUUCUUGGAUACUGGCCUCACAAGGAUCUUUAUGCAGAGUCUGAAGACAGUUUGUCACUCAAUGAGACUCAAGGCAUAGGAAAAGAAAGUGGCAUUAUAAUCCGUUUCCUUGAACAGCAUUUACAUUCUGAUAAAAUGAAAAUGUUGGGACCUUUCACGAUGGGCAUUGGAAUCUUUAUCUUUAUUUGUGCAAAUGCAAUGCUCCAUGAAAACCGUGACAAAGAGACAAAGAUCAUACACAUGAGAGACAUCUAUUCCACCGUCAUUGAUGUACAUACCCUGAGGAUCAAUGAACAAAAGCUACUGAAUGGUGCCUACGCUGGUUUAGUGGGAGAGAGUGAAGUCAAGCAAAAUGGAAGCUCUUGUGCAUCACGGCUGGCUGCAAAUACAAUUGCACCUUUCUCAGGCUUUGCAAGCAACUUCCAAGUGGAAUGCAAUGUUGAAGAGGAUGACAUUUCUGUGAGCGAUAGCAAAAAUACCACUAGUCUUUUGCCACCUUUGCUGAUUGAGCGCUCUGGUUCAGUCUUUGGCCUUUACCCUCACUCUGGGAAAACAAGGGAUGACAGAAGUAGCAGUUCUCUAAAAUGUGAAACAAAAUCCAUCGUUUCAUCCUCCAUUAAUGCUUUCACUUUACCUGUAAUUAAACUAAAUAACUGUGUUAUUGAUGAGCCAAGUAUAGACAACAUUACAGAGGAUUCUGCAAGCUCUAGAGGCAGACCUAAAAAUUUGUCCAUGGACUCUUUAGCUGUCCCACUGACAGAUGCCAACGACAGCUACAAACCCACUGGUGGAUUGAUACCAAGAAACACUUUAUAUGGAGAUUCUACAUCAAAUCAUUUCAAAUCGUCUAUGACUCUUGGACCCAGUGCUGGAAAGCUUUUGUCACCUGGUGCAGCCAGAAAACAGUUUGGGUCUAACACCUCUUUGCAUCUUUUGUCUGCACAUUCAAAAUCCCUAGAUUUAGAUCGGGGCCGUUCUACUCUCACUGUACAAGUUGAACAAAGAAAACAUCCAAGUUGGCCAAGACUGGACCGUAGCAACAGUAAAGGUUAUAUGAAACUAGAAAACAAAGAAGACCCAAUGGACAGGCUCCUUGUGCCAUCGGCCACAGUCAGGAAGGACUUUACUAAUAAAGAAAAGCUUCUUAUGAUUUCCAGAUCUCAUAACAAUUUGAGCUUUGAACAUGAUGAGUUUUUGAGUAACAACCUAAAGCGGGGCACCUCUGAAACAAGGUUUUAACAAUUAUAUGACUGUAGUUUAUGUAUUUCAUGCCAGUAUUUUUUUAAAGACAAAAUCAGACUAUUUUGACAUGAUUAUAGCCAGAUGUUCCUUGUUUCUGUUUCUUGCUUUGUUUCUAGUACAAGUCUGUUUUUUAAAAAAGGAAAAACCAAAUCGGAUGAAAAUUGCCUUGUGUUAGCAAUGGUUAUUUUUCACCUCUGCCAACUGUUUAAUGUCAAGAAGCUUGUUCAUCAAGACACAGUACUGGCAGAAUGCCGAUGAGAUGAUGUUUGUGUUAGAUGGUAACAGGAUGGUGGAUUGAGAAUUGACAUCUUCGUAAUUUACAACUGCAAUACUGUAGAUUAUCAUUGCUUGAUGUAUUUGGGUGCCUCAGAUCUAUUUUCUUCCAUCCAUUGCUCUUUUGUUUCUAUAUAAGCAUGCUAUCUGUCAUUGCUGUGAAUCAACAAUAAGAGCUGACUUAAUAAGUAUCAAAAUUCAGAUCCGUCAUUACUGGCAACAUUUUAAGAAUGCUGAUUUUAGAUAAAGAUGCAGAUGAAUGCAAGGUUUGCAGAAGAGCCGAACUUAGCCCUAGUCCAGAGUGAGACUUGAAGUACACCCAAUGAAAAUGUGGGCUGUUUUUCAUUUUGAAAGGCAGAUCCACAUUUCUAUGUUCUUCUGUUUUUAAAAGAAAACUGUUUUCGAACCACUAAUUAAUUUCAAAAUAAAAUGUCCUUGUAGUCUGGGUGUUGCUGUUCAACCAAUGUAAGUCCAAAUCUAUCUUGAACAUGGGAAAGAAUCUGCAUGGCUCUUUAGGUUCAGACUAAAAAGUAGGUAAUGAGCAUAAUCCACAGGGCGUAUCCAUCUAUUCAUGCAGUAGAUCCUCCAGUUAUUUCCCCAGGUUUGAUUAAAGGAUACUCCCAGUAGCUUGUGUCUAUUUAUCUUACCUACAAUGAUAAUUUAAAAACUAAUUGAACAAUAUUUAGUAAAUCUGUUACCAUACUAGAUAGGUUUUAGGAGCAAGAAAAAAAAUGUAAAGACUGAAAAUCAUUUUUGUCAACUUGCUAUAAUCAACCUGAUGUCACUGUUAUGUCUAAAAGUUGAUCCAUCAUAAUGACACAAUAACAAGGGAAUGCAGUAAGAUAGACACCCAAGGACAGGAUUCUCAGCCUUGGAUUCCCAGAUGUUGUUGGACUACAUCCUGACUAUUCACCAUUCUAGAUGGGUGGAAGUUGCAGAUUGUGAUAAAACAAGAUGGCUAUCUGAUUGAUAAGACCAGUGCUAGCAACAAAACCCGCCUCUUAAAUUGGUAUUGUCUUUAUAUAGCAUCUAGGUAGUCUUUUUAAAGAUGAGUAGUGUUAUUCCUGGCAUCACAAGAUAGUUGGAGUGCUAAUUAUAUGGGAUAUAUAUGAAACCCUGCCUGACAAGAACGGGAUGACAGUGAAUUCAAAAAGGAUAUUUAAAUAGCUGAUGUGUGGAGAACAGGUGUUUCUCUGUACAGCUUAACUUCUUUCCUGGCUUGGUGUGAAUUAAAAUACAAAUGCUGCAGUUUGGAAAUCAUGCCAGCAUUAAAUAUGAAACUUCUGUUGACCAUAUGUUCAACAAUCCUGUUCAGGUAAGGAUAAUAAAUGUGUGAGGAUGGAGAGUCUGCUAUCCCCAUUCCUCUUUCAUUUCCAUCCCACUUCACAUAGGAAAUGGUUGUCUGAUGCGGGGAGCCUCCUUUAUCUAUGAGUUCAGAAAAUACGUAUUAUGAUUCAUAGAAUUAUUGAGUUGGAAGAGAACUCAUGGGCCAUCCAGUUCUGCCAAGAAGCAGGAAAAUCACAUUCAAACUUUCAUGGAUAAAGGAGGAUGUCUUCUUCAGAAAGCCCAUCUCUAUAUGAGACCAACAGAAGCAAUCAUGGAGAGGAUGGGACUAGCGGGUUUCUUUUAUGUUUAGUGUCCACACUUACUGAAUACCUGAACUGGGGUUAGAAAUAAAACAUCACUCAGUGCAGUGAUAAACUGCACUGUGAACUGUUUAAAGAGUGACACUUUUUCUGGCAAGUAUUUUAUCUCCUCCAGCUGGGUCACCAUUAACGCUGAAUUUUAGUGCUAAAGGAAUCAGUGAUGUGACUAGCUUUACCAGAAAGGCUCCCUUUGUUACACUGAGGGAAAUACAAUCUUGAUCUUGGUGACUGGUCUGUUAUACUCCAGUCUGCCCAUGAGGUUUGGCCAAUAAUAUCACAAAAUUAAAUUGUCAUUUUAGCAGGUGUUUCAUAUUUCAACUUAGUCUAAAUAACUCAGGAAUUACUAUAAUUGCUGCUCCCGAAACAACCAGUUAUUUCAAAAUGCUGUGCUUCAGUUGAUUGCAGAAGACAAAAGAGAGAUUUUUUCUAUAAUCGUCCAGCUCCAUAUUCUAACAAUGUGCUGUUUCUGUAACAAAAGCAUUACUUGCCCAGUGAAUUGAGGCAUAGUGUUAACUUGUUAGAAUCUCAAGCCUAUAUAUUGUAACAGAGUUGGCUAAAUAUUUUGCUAUGAAGCUUUUAAUAACUUUCUGGUCAGUGUUCUUAAUAAGUUUGUUAUUUUUUUAAGUAAAAAAGAAAGAAAGAUA